AUCUCGUCCAUUUCCUGCUGUGAACUUUUCUCACGCUCAGGAACCUGACAGUGAAGAAACACGUACAGUGGCGUAGAAUGGAAGCUUAGUGACAAGUGAAAACUGCACAUUUAUGACGUAAAACCGUGAAGCAUUUGUUCUCCUUUGUGAAGACAUCAUGUUUCCCGUUGACCUCUUGACCCUAAACGAUGUGGUCAUGUCAUCGCCAUCUCAGAGCUACAUGGAACAUACGCAGUCCACCUCCAGCGGAACAUUGUGGUUUCAUUUAUCGCAGACGUUGAAGAUAAAAAUAGACGAAGACAACAUUCGCAGGGUUCCGCUGUUUGACGAUGAAGAACCAGACUCUUCAGUGCUGACGCUUCAACACCCUGAGGAUCCUGAACGAGUGGCUGCGCUGUUUCUUUGUGGGAAGUGGUGGAGCGUGGAGAGCGUUUUACAAACCUCCUGUGAUGCAAGAUCUGGCUUAGUGUUGGUGCAGUCGAUGGUGGAGAGGGUGAUCAUGUUCCUGCUUAGUCGUGUGGUGGACAGGCCUCACCAGCAGCAGGCGCUGUUCUCUCUUCACCCCCGCACCGAAACAAGCAAACUUCUGUGGCGAGACGGACAGGCGGUCGGUUUUUACACCAUCAAACUCAAAGGAAGUCUGUGCGAUGGCUGGAGCGGCCGCUGCUUUCUGCUUCCUGUUCUGGACACAGUAAUGGUGAGACGGGGCUACAGGAGGCGGGGCUUUGGACUUGAGAUUCUGCAGGACUUUUGCACCUGGUUCUCCUCAGAGCAGUUCCUGGGCCUCAGUUCUCCGUUAUCAUAUAGCAUGGCCGCAGUGUGUAGAAAGUUCCUUCAGCAUCACGUAGAACAUCGGGAGCGUCUGUAUGAAGUCCAGGCUCCGGGCGACUGGAAUCAGCGACGUAACAUAUGGUUGAACCUCCAGCUGAGAAGCUACGAACCGAGUAGUGAGGAGACACAAGAACGGGAACAUGUUUAUUAAAGACUUUUUUUCAUCAUUACAGCGAACAAAUGCUUUAUUAUUAUUAUUAUUAUUGUCAUUUCAUAUUUAAAUGGAAUGUUUUGUUGAAAAAUAAAAGGGUUAAAAGGAGGCAGCGUUAAUAUAUGUUAAUAUAUAUUAUAUAUACUGCAUUAUUGUUGUGUUACGGUUGUUGUUUAUAUGACAAG